AUGCCGGUCUUGCCGCCAUACACGGCAAAGGGAGACCGAUUGUCGGCGGAACCGAUUGUCAUGGGACAGGCGUCCAGUGCAAACUCUGCUGCCAACCUGGCAUCUGAGACUGCGUCUGCGUCCCCAUCUGCGUCUGCGGCUGCAUCUGCAUCUACGUCUGACGCCGAGGCUACGGGCAGCAUGCCGCAGUUCUUGGCUCAACCGCGGCCGGCACAUAUUGGCGGGGAACGGCCGUAA